CUUCAGGCUACAACAGGUUUGGAAACAAUAACAACUACAUGAACAUGGCAGAGGCAAAUAAUGCAUUUCUUGGCGCAAAUGAGACCUUCCACACGCCGAGUCUGGGCGACGAGGAGUUCGAAAUCCCUCCCAUCACGCCACCGCCCGAGGCGGAGCCCGGCCUGGGCAUGGCCGACGUCCUGCUGCCCUUCACCGGCCUGGGAGAGCAGCUGCCCACGCCGGGCAGUGAGUUCACACCGCAGUUUCCUCCGCAGAGCUUGGACUUGCCCUCCAUCACCAUCUCCCGGAACCUGGUGGAACAAGACGGCGGCGUCCACAGUAACGGGCUGCACAUGGAUCAGAGUCACGUGCAGGUUUCUCAGUAUCGCCAAGACCACUCGCUGAUCAUGAGGUCCAUCGUGCACAUGACGGAUGCAGCUCAUUCAGGAAUGAUGCCUCCUGCCCAGCUCACCACCAUCAACCAGUCUCAGCUAAGCGCCCAGCUGGGGCUGAACUUGGGAGGCACGGCCUUGCCGCACACCUCUCCCUCCCCUCCAGCAAGCAAAUCGGCCACUCCUUCCCCGUCCAGCUCUAUCAACGAGGAAGAUGCAGAUGAAUCAAAUAGGGCCACUGGAGAAAAAAGAGCUGCCCCAGAUUCUGGCAAGAAGCCCAAGACUCCGAAGAAGAAGAAAAAGAAAGAUCCCAAUGAGCCACAAAAGCCGGUGUCAGCAUAUGCGCUGUUCUUCAGGGAUACCCAGGCUGCAAUUAAAGGGCAGAACCCGAAUGCCACGUUUGGAGAGGUUUCAAAAAUAGUGGCCUCCAUGUGGGACAGUUUAGGAGAAGAACAAAAACAGGUGUACAAAAGAAAAACUGAAGCUGCCAAAAAAGAAUACCUAAAGGCACUUGCUGCCUAUAGAGCAAGCCUUGUUUCCAAGGCGGCUGCAGAGUCUGCUGAAGCCCAGACCAUUCGUUCCGUCCAGCAAACACUGGCAUCCACGAAUUUGUCUUCCUCCCUCAUUCUGAAUACUUCUCUUUCGCAACACCCAGGAGUAUCUGCGUCUCCUCAAACUCUUCAGCAGUCCCUUCCCAGGGCGAUUGCUCCCAAGCCUUUAACCAUGAGACUGCCCAUGAAUCAGAUUGUAGCUUCUGUUACCGUUGCUCCAAACAUGCCCACAAACAUUGCAGCUCCGUUGAUGAGCUCCAUGGGCUCAAACAUGGUGGCAACACCAUCGUCAUCUCAAGUAAGUCCCUCCAUGCAAAGCCAGCAGCACCAGAUGCAGCAACUCCAGCAGCAACAGAUGCAGCAGAUGCAACAGCAGCAACUCCACCAGCAUCAGAUGCAUCAGCAAAUACAGCAACAGAUGCAACAGCAGCAUUUCCAGCACCACAUGCAGCAGCACUUGCAGCAGCAGCAGCAUCUCCAGCAGCAAAUGAGUCAGCAGCAGUUGCAGCAGCAGCUGCAGCACAUGCAGAUGCAGCAGCAGCUGCAGCAGCAGCUGCAGCACAUGCAACACCAGUCGCAGCCUUCCCCGCAGCAGCAGCACUCUCCGGUGGCCUCGCAGCUCACCUCUCCCAUCCCGGCCCUGGGGAGCCCGCAGCCAGCACCUCAGCAGCACCAGGCACAAAUACAGCCUCAGGCACAGACUCAAGUAUUAUCCCAGGUCAGUAUUUUCUGAAGAUAAAUGAUCCUGCGACGUCGCUGUGCGUUUAUCGAGGGGCUUAGGGGUAAACCAUAUUUGGCUGGAAACUGUAAAUUGUUGAUGGUUGUUAUGCAGGGAUGCAUAACAGAUCAAAUGAUCCUCUAAAGUGUCUAUUAGAUAGGCAAUAAAGAACUACAAUGUAGCUGUGUAUCAUCUUUUAGCUGACUAUAAAUCAUCUUGUUU